UCCAGCUCUACCUGGUGUAGAUCUUUACCGCUCUUCGCACAUUCCUUUUUGUGUAUCUUCGAUAGUCCAAUCAUUCGUUCAAAGAAAAUGAAGCACUCUGCUCUUGUUGCGCUUACUGCGGCCUUGGUCCAAUCUGCUUCGGCUCACUAUAUUUUCAGUAAGCUGGUCUUGAAUGGUGUGGCCUCUAGUGAUUGGCAGUAUAUUCGCCAGACCACGCGCACGGAGAACUACAUGCCCACCAAGUAUUCUAAUACCUUCGACAACUUGACCCCUAACGACAAUGACUUCCGCUGCAACCUGGGCUCGUUUAGUAAUGCCGCUAAUACUGAAGUCGCCGAAGUCGCUGCUGGCGAUACUAUUGCUAUAAAGCUAUUCUACGACAGCAGCAUUGCUCACCCUGGACCUGGCCAAGUUUAUAUGUCUAAGGCCCCCACCGGCAACGUCAAGGAGUACGAAGGCGACGGCGAGUGGUUUAAGAUCUGGGAGCAGACUCUGUGCAACGAGAAUGGCGACCUUACUACCGAUGCGUGGUGCACCUACGGUGAUUCUCAGUUUGAGUUUCAGAUCCCUGCGGAUACCUCGGCCGGUGAAUACCUGAUUCGGGCUGAGCAUGUCGGUCUCCAUGGUGCUCAGGACAACGAGGCCGAGUUCUUCUACAGCUGCGCUCAGGUCAAGGUCACCGGUUCCGGCAACGGCUCACCGAGCAUCACCUACCAGAUCCCGGGUCUUUACAACCAGAACAUGAAGCUGUUCAACGGUGCUAACCUCUGGAUGGACUCCUCCAAUGACAUUAAUGCCGAUAUCCAGGAUACCCCCAUCGGUGAUGCUGUCUUCAACUAAGCCAUGGUUCUCUGGACGCUUAUCCAACCAUCCACCACUGCGGUAACCCUGUCACGCCCACCCGAGCCCUUGAAAAGCAACAUACUUGUGCUGAUGGAGAACGAUGCACACGAAGGAGUAUUAGAUUUGGAUAGCACCGCAGGAGGAAUGCCCGACAAGGUUAACGUCUUUGGCUGGUACGUACUCAUUGAAGGCAUAGGCGUCUUUAAGUUAAAAUUAUGUGGAG